GUGGAUUGCGCGCAAACGAAGGCAGAGAGAGGGAGAGAAAUGGGUUGGAAAUGGAGUGAUGACGGAUCGGGCGAUUCACCUGAAACGAGUUCUUCUCAUCAUCCUAUAGGGUUUGGAGGAAUUCGCGAUCUCGGAAACCCUAACCCUAGAUUGGACGACGGAGCAGAUCGAUGCUCGACACGGAGGAUCGUGAAAUCGCAAUGCAAGAUCGAUGAGGUCGAGCCAGGGAAGUUCGUCCGGAGGUGCGAGAAGACCGAGCAGCUCCUCAGGGAUUGUGUCGGAAGGCCCGCUGAAGUUGUGGAAUCUAACACACAGUAUACAGAGGAUGACGUCACUGAAGAGAUUACUAGAGGUGGUCCUCUACCAUUUGAAUCCUCUUCUCUCGACCCAUUCUCCUUCCCUGGGCUCCGCAACGACAUCGAAGCUCUCGAGCGAAGCAUGUUUGGUGGUCUCAGCCGUUUCUUUGAGGCAGCUGAGGAGAUGAAGAACGGGUUCAUUCAGGCAUUUGGGAUGCCCAUGGAACCACCACCAUUCAAUAGACAGAAAACAGCGGAUGGACUAUUUGAAGAGGCUUCCAAGCAGAGGAAUGAAUCCGCAUAUCCUGAAUACUCUGGGCAGGUUAGAGAUGUAUGAAAGGUGGGUCCUAUUUCAGCUCUUACUAGUGGUGUUCGGAAGGGCCUUGAAGAUUUGUUUGAAAUCCUCCCGUUCUUCAUGGAAGUUAUUUUCUGCCCUGAGAUUCGAAAGUAGAUUUUGUGUGAAUAAUUCCACCACCACCUGAGAAAUGGAUAUCGGAAAAAAACUAUAAACCUGCUGUUUUAGUUUUCAGUAAUCUGUAGCAGUGCUAUUGGUUGAAGUCAAUUAGCCCAUGUUUAAUAUAUUAUCGCCUUACAAUCUGUAAAAUGGUUCCACUGCUGUUGAAUCUGGACAGCAAAACCAGAUAUGAUUGUGAA